AGGGGAAUCAGUCACUGGUAGAACGUGGGUGGUGAUGAGUCGAAACAAUCUGUUGUUGUUUACAAAUUUAUUUUUUUCAAUUAAAUUGUCGCCGUAUUUAUGAUAUUAGAAUAAAUUUUAUAUCGUGUUCUUAUAAUUAUAUCUCACGUGGUUUAAUGUAACAAGCGACAACACAUAAUAUUGUCAUGAAAAUAAUAAAUAUUUUGUGUUUUAUUAUUAUUUAUCAACAGUAUAUUUAAAUUUAACUCAUAUACUUAAAUAAAUAAUAUUUUUUUUAUGUCUAUUUUAAAAUGGAAAAAAAAAAUAGUUAUACCAAUAAAAAUUUUCUAUCUGUACAGUUAUUUAUGUACAAAUAUCUUGUAUGAAAACUUAAUAUUUAUUUAAUCUCUAGAAAUUUUCAUUAGCUAUAAACAGAUUGCGCAAUUGUUUAUAUUAAUAUUUGUGGAUAUAAAAAUGCCGUGAAUUAAUAGUGAUUUGUAAAUGUCCAUUUUAUACAGUAAUGCGAGUUAAAAAAAAAAAGAAAAAAAAACUGAAAAAAUAUGUUUUUUACGAGAUUAAAGACUAAUAAUUGGUCAUAAAUAUUAUCAGCAUGUAAAAUAAAAAUUUUGUGCAACGUGUUACGCGAUCAUACGACAGAAACUAAUAACAUACGAUAUGAGGAUAUAAAUAAAUAAAUAAAUAAAUAAUAAUAAUAAUGUUUUUUCUGUUAGACAUUGUGUUUUAACAUGAGAAAGUGUCCCCGUAUUAAAAAACUUUCCAAAUAAAAAAGCAACCGAAAUUGGACUUAGAUAAAAACGAUUUCUCAAUUGGCUUUGAUUUAUAAUUUGGUCAGGUAUCAGAUAUUCAAAAUAAAAAAAAAUAAAAAUAUAUAUAUAUAUAUAUGAAUAAAGUGCAACAGGAAUAUAAAAAAAGUGUAUUAUAAGUAAUUUUGUGUAAAAAAUUUAGUGCAAUUGGAUAUUAACAAAUAAAGAUAUAUUUAUAUAUAUCUAUAAUUUUAAUAAGCCAUCAAGAUAGAGUAUCCAAGUGACAUGUACGGUGGUGGAACGGGUGGCACGGAGUAUGGAGUAGGCCUCGGACCCGGUCCUUCACAUUACGUUCCCCAACCAUCAAGUCACAUAGCUUACCAAUUGGGAACAGCACCCCCACUGGUUGGGGGUCUACCACUUGGUGCUGGUGGGCCUCCUCCCGGAAGUCAGCUACUGUCUUACGGGCAAAACUUAUCACCGCAUCACGUACAACAGCCGCAAAAUGACUCGCCGCAGUCUAAGAGACGGAGAUCUGACGAGGAUGAUCCCAGUGGAGGAAAGUACCGGAGAAUCGAGGACGACAAUUUGCAGGACAAGGAAAGAUUUGCAAGCCGAGAAAAUCAUUGUGAAAUUGAACGUCGAAGGAGGAAUAAGAUGACAGCGUACAUUACCGAGCUUUCGGAUAUGGUUCCAACGUGCUCAACUUUAGCGCGAAAACCAGAUAAACUGACUAUACUGAGGAUGGCAGUUGCUCAUAUGAAAGCACUUAGAGGUACGGGCAAUACAAGUGCUGAUGGAACUUAUAAACCUUCAUUUCUUACGGACCAAGAGUUGAAGCAUUUAAUAUUAGAAGCAGCGGAUGGUUUUCUUUUCGUUGUUAGCUGUGAUACUGGCAGAAUCAUUUAUGUAUCCGACUCUGUUGCGCCAGUUUUAAAUUAUUCCCAAAGUGAAUGGUAUGGUUCAAGUUUAUAUAGCCAAGUACAUCCGGAUGAUACGGAAAAGGUUCGUGAACAAUUGAGUGCUUCAGAGCCUCAACAUGCUGGCAGGAUACUCGAUCUUAAAACUGGGACAGUUAAAAAAGAAGGACAUCAAUCUUCUGUGAGACUGAGUAUGGGAUCAAGAAGAGGCUUUAUAUGUCGUAUGAAGGUUGGUAACCUCCAGACCUCGGGCGACAUGGCUGCUGCACAGGGCCUACAUCGUUUGAAACAGAGAAAUUCACUGGGACCACCAGCGAGAGACGGGCAAAGUUACGCUGUUGUUCACUGCACGGGGUAUAUCAAAAAUUGGCCCCCCACUGGUGAGUUUGGUGAUUUUGUUCCCCCGUGUGUACCAGGUGUGGGUUUAGGUGACAGGGGUGUUCAAGCUAGUGCCGAUGGCGUUGUUUCAGAAGAUGUUACCUCCCAUUGCUGUCUGGUGGCUAUUGGACGAUUACAAGUUACCAGUACACCAAAUACCAGUGAUUUGACUGGUGGAAAUAGUAAUAAUGAAUUCAUUUCACGUCAUUCUGCGGAAGGUAAAUUUACUUUUGUUGAUCAAAGGGUUGGUCAUAUACUAGGAUACGCGCCGUCUGAACUUUUGGGACAUCAAUGUUAUGAAUUUUUUCAUCAAGAAGAUUUACCACAUAUGCGAGAAAGUUUUGAUCAAGUUUUGAAACUUAAAGGACAAGUAAUAUCAGCCGUGUAUCGGUUUCGUGCUAAAAAUCGUGACUGGAUAUGGUUGAGAACAUCUGCAUUUGCAUUUUUGAAUCCAUGUUCACAAGAAGUUGAAUAUAUCGUUUGCACAAAUACAACUGCCAAAUCCCUUCAUCCUGGUAGUGAUACACAAGUAGCAGCAACAGCAGCAGCAGCAUCAGCAGCAGUAGUAGCAACCACAGCAGAAAGUGAAACUGUAACUCCGUAUGGUCAUCAUAGUUUGGACUAUUCAUUACAGCGACAACACUCUAGAGAACCAAUGUAUCCAACCCAUCAUAUGAUGCAACAACCCCAUCCAGCAGCUGUUGUUGCUUCAGGACCACCACAGUCUAGACCAGCAAGCAAUCAAAAUCAUGUAUAUCAAGGUUAUGAAACUACUCAAUCACCAAUAGCUUAUGGCUCACCUAAUCAACAAAAUCAAUCGUCGACAGUAUUAAAUAGAAUGCAAAAACCAGCAAAUACAUCACCAUCGCCAAUUCAACAACCAUGGAAUAUCGGUCGACAGCAACCAGUAACAGAAGGAUAUCAAUACAGUCAAUUGAGUCCAUCUAGAUCACCAAGUGGACCUACUUAUACUCAAUUAAGUAGUGGCGCUAGAACACCUGCUUCACAAUAUCAUUCAAUCACAACAGUGCCUAACAAUCCGAGUAUGUGGGCUUGGCAAGCCCAACAGCAUCAAGCACAGCAGCAAGAUGGUGGACAAGCUAAUCCACAAGUAACAGGUCAACCUCAGCCUACUCACGGUCCUCAUGGUCCUCAUGGUUCUCACAGUACUCACGGUUCUCAAGGAGGUCAUGGGCCACAUCAACCACAGGAGCUCUCAGAUAUGUUACAAAUGCUCCAAGAGCAAGGUGGAGCUUCCGGAUUUGAAGAAUUAAAUAUGUUCAAUACAAAUUUCGAGUAGCGAUAAUUAAAAACUAUAUCAAUAUGUAAUAAUGAUAUUUAAAUUUCGUGGCUUUGUGCUGUGGAGUAUUUUUAAGUACCUAUUCAAGUGAAAAGUUUUAUUUUUAUUUUAUUUUUCUCACCGGGAGAUCAUCCCUAGAAGCACUUAAUACUCCCAUCGCACCUAUUACACCAAAAGGUUUGUAAGUAGCUUUUAAAAAGUUAUUUCUUAAUCUCAUUAAAAUUAUAAUAUUACAACGGAUUAAAUGAAAACAUUAAACAGAUAAAAAUACACAUUACUUCGAGACACGCACAUCGUCAUUCCGUUUUUUUAUAAAAACAAAAAUCAAAUAUAAAUAUCACACGCGCAAAUAGAAACUCAAAUGUACAAUGAUAUUAUUAUUAUUAUUAUUAUUAAUAUUCAUUUAUAAAUUUUCGAAACAAAUGAUUAUUUUAAGUUUAACAAAAAAGUAUAAUUCGUGAUUAAAGAUUAUUUUUUAUUUUUUAAUGAUAUGAUAUUUUUUAUUGUACAAAAAAAUUAUCCAUUGCGUGGUACUUUUAAUUAUUUAAUAAUGCAUACAUAAAUAUCAAUAUAAUUAGAUGUUAUUUGAAAAAUAUUUCAUUCCAUUACUAAAAAUAAUAAUAAUAAUAGUAAUUAUUAGUAUUUUUUUAAGUAUAUAAUUUAUAAUUUUUAAGUUAAAAUAAAAUAAUAAAAUCUCAGCGCCUGGUCUCUAUGUAAUCAUAAUAAUUUUAAUUGAAGCUUAAAAAUAGCUAAGUAUGACUAGCUUAAAAUUAUCAUUAUUAUUAAUAUUAUUAUUUUUAAUUAGGUAUUUGUAAUUAUAACAGUGCAAUCAACUAUGACAAAUACUUUUGAAAAAAAUUGUUUAAAUAACAAUAAUGUACAAAAUUAUAUAAUUCAAUUUGCUUGUCUGUAUGACACAAUUUUUAGGUAUUAUUAAGAAUCAAAAUACAAAAAAAAAAAAAAAAAAAGAAAACAAAAAAAAAAAAAAAAAUAAAAAAAUAAACUAAUUAUAGAUAAUGUUACCGCCUAUAAGUAAUUAACGUAUAAGUGGUCAUGCGUGAUUUGUUGCAUUUGUACAUGUUUAGCAAUUUUUCGGAUAAUAUAAAAAUGACAAACUAGCAUAUCAUAUUAGUAAAAACAAAAAUGAAAUUUAAUUGAAAAGAAAAAAAAAAUUUUUCACUAAUGUACGGGUUAUGAAUAUGAGUUGUAAUUUUUUUCAAGUCA